GUCAGGGGCCGAGCGGAGCGGGGUGCUGGAGAAAUCUUCCCGCAACAUUAGGUUGGAGAGCAGGCGGUUAUUUAACAUGGAAGAAGAUGAGUUCUUUGGAGAAAAAACAUUCCAGCAUUAUUGUGCAGAAUUCGUUAAACAUUCGCAACAGAUAGGUGAUGGUUGGGAAUGGAGAAUGUCAAAGGACUGUUCUGAUGGCUACAUGUGCAAAACACACUUUAAAAUAAAAAAUGGGACUGUGGUGUCACAUCCAGGAACAUCUGGCCAAGGACAGACAUGUCUUCCCUUGGAGGAGGCUUUAGAGCUACCCUCGGAUGAUUGUGAAGUGGCUGAGACUGCAGCGGCGUCUGAAGUGAUUAAAUAUGAGUAUCACGUCAUAUAUUCCUGCAGCUACCAAGUGCCUGUACUUUACUUUAGGGCAAGCUUUUUAGAUGGGAGACCUUUAGCUCUGAAGGACAUAUGGGAAGGAGUCCAUGAGUGCUAUAAGACGCGGCUGCUACAGGGACCAUGGGACACUAUCACCCAGCAGGAACAUCCGAUACUUGGGCAGCCCUUUUUUGUGCUUCAUCCCUGCAAGACGAAUGAAUUCAUGACUCCUGUAUUAAAGAAUUCUCAGAAAAUCAAUAGGAACGUCAACUACAUCACGUCAUGGCUGAGCAUUGUAGGGCCAGUUGUUGGGCUGAAUCUACCUCUGAGUUAUGCCAAGGCCACCUCUCAGGAUGAAUGAAAUGUUGAUUGCCAAAGAUUCUUCUAUUGAGCUUAGAAAUUGCAACAUGUAAGAAUGCCUGAAGUUUACCUGGCCAGCCCUGGUUUUAAUAAGACUAACACUAUGCAUUAUUUCAUCUCACCAAGAUUUGACUUGGAUUAUUCCUCCCUUAGAAGCAAAUGUCUGCAGCAACUGAUAUUUGAUGUAUUGAAUGUUUAGAAAAAACACUGCAAAGAUACAACUUACUAUAAACAGCAAAAAAUGAAUCUAAUUCAGUGAUACUAGAAAUACUGACAUGAUUAAGGCACUAACGGUCAUUCUUUUCUAGGCCAAGCACUUCCUUUCCCUUUUUCUGAUAUGGAGCUUGAUAGAGAAAUGUAUUUGUUUAUUCAUUUUAGUGUAAGGUGUAUGGAAAUUAAAAUACAGGAUUUACAUGUCCCUGAAAUCAGUGUUAUAAAUAUAACCUAUCUUACUCUCCCACAAUCAAACUCAGGAACAAUAGAUUAUUUCUGUUUUACUCCGUGUGUGUGUGUGUGUGUGUGUGUGUGUGUGUGUGUAUGUGUACAUAGAUAGAUAGAUACAGAAUAAAGAAAAAACAAUAAAUAUUUUAUUGUGAGAUAAUGUGUUUUUACAAGCAAAGUAUGGCAUAGUAACUAGAUAGGAAAUGAUUAAACGUUAAAAAUUCUUUUUACCUAUAGUAAUAAAACAAUUUGCCAUUUUGUCUCUCUUCUUGUCAAACCCACAACUGCUCUCUUCUACUAUCUGAAGGAUCUUGAGCAAAUCUUCAUGUCCCUGAGACUUACUUUGUUCACCUUUAAUUUGGGAAUAACAAGCUACGUCAUAGGGUUGCUGUGAGAACCACAUGAGAUUGUUAAUGCAUGAGAAAAUAUUGUAAAGUAUUAUGUUCCUUAAAUGCUCACCUUGCAUGUAAUUGUUAUUCACUCAGUCUGUAAAUAAGUUUAACAACCAGUAAGGUAUUAAGAUAAACUUAAUCUGGAAGAA